UCACCAGAAAUACAAGCUAGUAUAUUAUGGGUUGCAUACUCAUUCAUUCGUUGGAUUGUUCUUAAGAAUAAUUGUUUAAAAAUCUUUGAUGGAAGGUGAAGCAAAGAGAAAGUAAAAUAAUACGCACGUGAAUAGAAUAUUCAAAUAAUUGCGAAUAACUUACGACGGUAUUACUCACACCGUCUGUAAGCCUCGCCCACCAAAUACAAUAUUUUAUUUUAUGAGCUAAAUAGUUUUGAAACAACUCGACGCGUUAUAAGGCAAUUGUGCAUAGUUAUUAGUGAACAAAAAUAGCGGAUUAGUGAUUAUGUGGUUUUGUGUAUGUGUAAAUCGGAGGAUAAGAAGUUGACGAUGUCCGUACACCUUUGGAGAAAUUGCAAAUUUAAAUGUUCGCUUUAAAACAAUGGCAUUCAUCGAGAAAUGCUUUUGCUGCAGUUUGCCCAUUGCGUGCGGAUUUUUUGCUGCCUAUUUACUGAUAGCCUACUUGAUUGCAUUUGCGUUUGAGCUGAUAUGGAUCAUCUUGGAAGCUGCCAAUGUUCUACCUACUGCGGCAGUAUUACUAGCCAUCGGAUAUUUUGUAAUGAGCUUGUUUGCCGCACUGCUUUUGCAUGGAUUGGCCACAAAAAAUAUGUUUUGUCUGAUUGGCUGGAUGUUUGCUGUGACAAUUUUAACGUUUCCAGAGGCGGGUCUAGUAAUUUAUAUGAGCGUGGAUUAUUGGGGCACAGGUCACAUAUACGGCAUGACGGAAUUAUCAUGUUGGCUGAUCAGGAUAGUGAUUAAUGUCGUUCAGAUUAUCCUGAUCCAGUCGUUGUACACGCUAUGGAAGGAGGAGGACAUAGUCACCAAAAGGUUGAGAGAUAUGACAUCAACCGGUUCUGUAAUUGGUGAUGUACCUCCCUCAAUCAACAGUCAAUAUUAUCAGAAUAAUGGAUACGAUGGUUCCCUUGAUCAGCUCAAUAUGACUGACAGUAUGAAAAGAUAUGGUUCUAUGCCUCAUUUGUGGAAUGGUCCUUACCCGAACAAUAUACCUAUGAUGUCCCUUCAAAUCCCAUACGACGGUUACCAAUUUUCAACAACCAGCGAAUUCAAUGCCAGUGUCUUCGUUCCUAGCAUCGAUACUGUCGAUUUCAUAGGAGAGAAGAAAGCGCAGUCUCUGAUGGAUUUGAGACUGUUGGACCAACAGCAGCCUGCAUCCAUGACCUACGCUCAGCAAUGGCUCUCUGGAUCAAUUGAUCAUCACACGGCCACCUUCAACAACAACCAAAAUUCACACCAACAUGCUAUGUCUGAAAUAAAUUACUCCACGUUACCUGCCAAAAUGUCAAGGUGUCAAUCUGUGGACGCUCUGAAUACUGCAAAUAAAAACAGUCAUAUUAUAAGAAAUAGAAGUGGAUUCUAUGCACAACCGGUUCAAAAUUACGGAGUUCCUAUUUAUUAUGGACCUCUGGAUGGGCCGGACUUUUUAAUAUAUAAAAAACAAAUGGAGAAGUUGACAAGUAGGAAUUCCUUGAGCAAUAAUUCAGCUGACGAUGUACAGAAAUAUCGAGAUGUCGCGUUAUAGUAGGUUUUUUUAUGUCACUUAUAAUUUAUGUGAUAUCAUUAUAAACACGAAAAAACAAGGCUGGUGCUUGAAGGAAAGAGAUGCACAAGGAUCUAUUAAGGGCAUUGAAUAGGGAGAAUACUACCAUAUCGUCAAAAAAAAAUCCUCAAACCUUAAUCUAAGCCUCAAACGACAUCAAGUAAAAAACUAAGGUUUAUUAUAGGGAUGUGUAAAUAAAUCGAUAUGCAAAAUUAUCGAUAUCGUUUUGAAUUUGAAAUCACAAGUUUUUAAAAGCACUUGUCACAUUCGUUGCUCUCUAAGGAUAUUGAUUCCAACUAUUAAUCAAUUUUUUUGAUCAUAUGGUACGUUCCGAAGUUAAGUUACCGAGGUCGUGACAAAUACAAAAGAGUCUAGAUAUAAAUGUUACCAGAUUUUUUUAAGUUUCUAAUAAUUUAUUUUUAUAAGUAUUAGUUGUAAGAAAAGAACUCAAUAUUUUAUGAGUUGGCCAUAUUUUUUUUGUAAAAUUAGUAAUAAUUUUACAAAACACUGUUGAUUUGUUUUAUAUAUAUAAAGAUGUUAAGUGAUUAAAUAAGAACUUUUUUCAUUUCAAACAUUUGUUUGAUAAUUUGAACCAAAAUUCAGAACAACUUUUUAUACAACACAUUAUAUCGUUCAUGGACUCCUUUACAGACAACCAAACCAGGUUCGUAGGUGAAAUUUAUUCUUAAACCUACGUCAUCAUGGAAGGUAAUUUUUUAUUCAUUAAUUCAUUUAUUCAAUUGAAAAUUAAUAACAAAUACACCUGUGAAGUAAUCUUUAUUGAAACAGAAUAUGCAAAUAACACAAGCUCAUUUUCUAUUUAUAUAAGUGUUGUUUUUUGUUAAACAAAAAAAAGUUAAAAUAAAUUUAUAUUAACAAAGUA